GAGAGUUUCAGUGCAGAACGCAGACACCAUCUCGGUCGAGCAAGAGAAAGAGAAGAGAGGGAAAGCCCGGAGGGCGAGGGAGAAAGGAAGGAAGGAAGAGGGAGAAGGGAGAGGAAAGAAAGAAACCAGGCGCAGGGAGGGCGGCGCGCAGGCAGGGAGGCGAAGGCGCGCGGAGGCGCGCGGAGGCGGCGCGGGGCCGGGGGGCCGGGGCGCCCGCGGUCGGCCGGGGACGGCAAUGAGCCUUCGCCGGCCCUGCGGAGGCUCGCCGAGGCCGCGCGCCGCACUCCGGGGAGCCCGAGGCUGAGAAUCCCAAGAAUGUCGGCGGAGCCCCUCCGGGGAGGGUGAGGCGGGGGCUUCUCGCGCACGCACCCCGGCCUGGCCCGGCCCCGCGUGGGGCAGGAGUGGGGAGCCCCCGCCGCAGCCUCCAGGCCGCCCGGAGCUGUUGCUGCGCGCCGGGCUUUUAGGUGAUGGGCAGAUCAGAAAGUCAGAUGGAUAUAACUGACAUUAACACCCCAAAGCCGAGGAAAAAGCAGCGAUGGACCCCGCUGGAGGUCAGUCUCUCUGUCCUCGUCGUGCUCCUCACCAUCAUCGCCGUGACCACGAUAGCGCUCUAUGCAACCUAUGACGAUGGCAUCUGCAAAUCAUCAGACUGCAUAAAAUCAGCUGCUCGACUGCUCCAGAACAUGGAUGCCACCGCUGAGCCUUGCGCAGACUUUUUCAAAUACGCCUGUGGAGGCUGGUUGAAACGCAACAUCAUUCCUGAGACCAGCUCCCGUUACAGUAACUUUGACAUUUUAAGAGAUGAACUAGAAGUCAUUUUGAAAGAUGUCCUUCAGGAACCUAAAACUGAAGAUAUAGUAGCCGUGCAGAAGGCAAAAACUCUGUACAGGUCUUGUGUAAACGAAUCUGUUAUUGACAGCAGAGGCGGGGAGCCGCUCCUCACACUGUUACCAGGCAUCUACAACUGGCCGGUGGCGACAGAAAACUGGGAGCAAGUGUACGGUACUUCUUGGACAGCUGAGAAAUCUAUUGCACAACUGAAUUCUAAAUAUGGGAAAAAAGUCAUUAUUAAUUUUUUUGUUGGCACUGAUGAUAAGAACUCUAUGAAGCACAUAAUUCAUAUUGACCAACCUCGACUUGGCCUCCCUUCCAGAGACUACUACGAAUGCAGUGGAAUAUAUAAAGAGGCUUGUACAGCAUAUGUGGAUUUUAUGAUUUCUGUGGCCAAAUUGAUUCGUCAGGAACAAGGAUUGCCCAUCGAUGAAAAGCAGCUUUCUUUGGAAAUGAAUAAAGUCAUGGAAUUGGAAAAAGAAAUUGCCAAUGCUACAGCUAAACCUGAAGACCGAAAUGACCCCAUACUUCUUUACAACAAAAUGACGUUAGCCCAGAUCCAGAAUAACUUCUCACUAGAGAUCAACGGGAAGCCAUUCAGCUGGUCAAAUUUCACAAAUGAGAUCAUGUCAACUGUGAAUAUUAAUAUUCCAAAUGAGGAAGAUGUGGUUGUUUACGCUCCAGAAUAUUUAACCAAACUUAAGCUCAUUCUUACCAAAUAUUCUGCCAGAGAUCUUCAAAAUUUAAUGUCCUGGCGGUUCAUAAUGGAUCUUGUAAGCAGCCUCAGCCGAACCUACAAGGAGUCCAGAAAUGCUUUCCGCAAGGCCCUUUAUGGCACAACCUCAGAAGCAGCGACCUGGAGGCGCUGUGCGAACUACGUCAAUGGGAACAUGGAGAAUGCCGUGGGGAGGCUCUACGUGCAGGCGGCGUUUGCUGGCGAGAGCAAACACUUGGUUGAGAAUUUGAUUGCACAGAUCCGGGAAGUUUUUAUUCAGACUCUGGAUGACCUCCCUUGGAUGGAUGCCGAAACAAAGAAGAAAGCUGAAGAAAAGGCCUUAGCAAUUAAAGAAAGGAUUGGCUAUCCUGAUGACAUAAUUUCAAAUGAUAACAAACUGGAUAAGGAAUACCUCGAGUUGAACUACAAGGAAGAUGAAUACUUUGAGAACAUAAUCCAAAACUUGAAGUUCAACCAAAAUAAGCAACUAAAGAAGCUUCGAGAAAAGGUGGACAAGGAUGAGUGGAUAAGCGGAGCAGCUGUAGUCAAUGCAUUUUAUUCUUCAGGCAGAAAUCAGAUAGUCUUCCCGGCUGGCAUUCUGCAGCCCCCCUUCUUCAGCGCUCAGCAGUCCAACUCAUUGAACUACGGGGGCAUCGGCAUGGUCAUAGGACAUGAAAUCACCCAUGGCUUCGAUGACAAUGGCAGAAAUUUUAACAAGGAUGGAGACCUCAUGGACUGGUGGACUCAGCAGUCUGCAAAUAACUUUAAAGACCAGUCCCAGUGCAUGGUGUACCAGUACGGGAACUUCUCCUGGGACCUGGCAGGCGGACAGCACCUCAAUGGAAUCAAUACCCUGGGAGAAAACAUUGCUGAUAAUGGAGGCAUUGGCCAAGCAUACAGAGCCUAUCAAAAUUAUAUUAAAAAGAAUGGUGAAGAAAAAUUACUUCCUGGACUUGACCUAAAUCACAAACAACUGUUCUUCUUGAACUUUGCCCAGGUGUGGUGUGGGACCUACAGGCCAGAGUUUGCGAUCAAUUCCAUUAAAACAGACGUCCACAGUCCAGGCAGUUUCAGGAUUAUUGGGACUUUGCAAAACUCCCCCGAGUUUUCGGAAGCCUUCCAUUGCCCCAAGGACUCGUACAUGAACCCAGAAAAGAAAUGCCGGGUGUGGUGACUUGCAGAAGGCACGCAGCCCUUGGCUGACUUCCCAACACCACAGAAAUGGGGAACUCGACUAGAGAGAAAUGGGCCCGGGGGUCACUGUAACUAAAGGGGUGGUCAGCAGAGAGCAUCCACAGCUGGGAAGUCAGUUGUCCUGGAAAGAAAGGCGUGAGGGAGGAGGGAGUCUAGUGUCCAUCAAAUCAGUCACUUGUCACUGUAUAAAUAAGGCUUAACCUCUAGAGAUAAUAUGACCGUUCCUUUGUUUCUCAUAUAAUCUGCCAGUUUGAGGUUCUCUCUUGAAAACAGUGUUGACCCCUUGAGGCAGACCAGAUUUCUAAUCACAAGGAAAAAGAGGAGGCUGGAGAUCCCGUUGACACCAAAAGCACAGCAGUAACGAGAGUUAAAAACACGCUGCCUGAGUCCUUAUUUCUACUUUUAUUUGCAACAUUUACGGUCCUUCAAAACUUUUCCAAAGAUUUCUUAUACAUAUGGAGGCCUUGGGACUUAAGGCGGUUUUAAACUAAUUUGCCAAUCGUGAGUUAGGUCACUCUGAGAUCAUUUCAUUUUAAGUGCUCUUAGGGCUAGGCUAAAACGAGUGUCUAAAACUGCUUCUUGUUGUUCCUCCUUUGACUGACACUGAGAUUCUCGAGGCUCCUGCAAUUUUCUAAGCAAUUUCUUGUUCUCUCUCUCUCAACGCUCGGUCUUUUUAAGAGAUUUGUAGUAAUGUAUAAAUAAUAAUUUUUAUAUUUAAUUGUUAACUACAUUUAUGACUAAUUGUUGUUAUAGGUAAUCAUUGAAUAUUGAAGUUUCUGACCAAGAUAAAUAGUUAUGAACCAAGAUCUGUAAAGUAAUGUACAGAUGAAGAUUUGAGACUUUUUAAACUUAUAAAUCAUAUUGAUAAAAAGUUUUAAGCACAAACUUUGAGUUAAAAAUUGCCAUUGGACGGUUGUCGGAGGAUGCGUAAGAUCGUGGCUUAAGCAGGAUUUUCAGAGUUAAAGCUGUCCCUCAGGUGGCUAUGGUAAAGGGAAGACGGCGUCCGUGUAGCUCUGCGUCUCCUUAUCUUUCCAGGUUUGUCAUCUGAUGGAAAUACUUUGAUAAUAAAUUGGAAUUGUGAGCCCAUU